AUGUAUAGUCGCAAAGAAGGGAAUGCUGUGGACCCGCGACCUCCAGAAGUAUUGCGCCUUGCGAAGCUUUUGCGCGACUUCAACCGCUUUGCGGCAGAGCAUGCAUCUCACCAGCAGGACCGUGAAGAGCCGGUCGAUCCACUCUUCUGUUCCCUUGCCCGCGGUUCCUUUCUAGCGCGCCACAAGACCCAGGCCCAGCAAGCGUUUGACUUGCGCCUGGACUGUUGCGAUCAGGGCAGGUUCGACUUUCUGGGCAACGACGCAUGCUUUCCCGACUGGCCCUCCUGGUCGAUUCGUGUUUGCUGCGCACACGCACUCUCCGCACUCUCGGUCUCGGCAAGCUCGGCAAGUCGCAAGGAAAGCGGCUUCGAGGCCUUCUGGAACCAGGUUGCAAGCGCGGAGCCUAUCAAAGCCAAUGCUGAUGCAAAGCGUGGUUUCAUGAAUGCCGUCGUGGUGUAUCACAAAGCUGGUACACAGCUCACUUCUGAAAUUGUCGGCGUUGCUUGGACAGCAAGUUGCAAGCUCCGCGCUGACCGGGCAUUGCAUUGUGAUCUGGCACGUGCUGAAGUUGAGUCAUGUCGCUGUUCUUCGAUUUUGUAG